AUGCGUUUUCAGAACGCGUUUUUUUCGCAGAAAUUUACACCAUGGGAUCUUAUUGUACUUAAAUUGCAUGUAUUUCUUCCUCUUAGAACUCCAUCUCGAACAAUGUCUUAUACAGCUAAGAGUUCUGCAAUGGCCAGCAAUGGAAAACAUGUAUUAAUAGAAAAUGAGUCGAAUCUGUGUUUACUCAACGAUCGAUUGGCAUUUACCAAAAAGACACCAUGGACGUUUAGUAAUAUAUGGGGAAUGUGUUGGUCAUCAACACUCGCUCGAUUCAUCGUCGUUACCAAUAAAAUUUUGUUUGUUCUCGAUGAAAAAACAAUGACACUCACACGAUGUGAAAUUUCUUCGGAUAAGAAUUGGUAUCGGGGAACAUGUUCUAAUACAACACUAUACUUAUCAACCUGGCAAUCAGAAGAAGGAUCAAAUAUAAUUGAAUACUCUCUUCCAUCUAUUAAAUACGUGAAACAAUGGCAACCACCGUUAACAUGUCACAAAGACGAAUGGAUUGAAGAUUUUGAGUUUAAAAAUGAUUCAAUGGCGAUGAUCAUCGUUCAUGAUAAAAAUAAGUCUUGGCGUUUCGAACUUCGUUCAUCAGUGACACUUCAAUGUCUCUGGUUGCUAGAGCUCGAUGGAGGAUUUCGCUGUCGUUCGAUUAAUAGUGAUCAAUGGAUUUUAAUCAAGGAUAAACAAUCAGAGAUAUUGCAUAUAUCGAACGAUGGAUGCAUUAUAGAACAACAACGAUACGAUUCACAAAUAAAAAAUGUUGCUAUCUUAGAUGCUAAUAUACUCAUGAUUAAGACUACUGAUCGUAUUAAUUUACAUGAAAUCUAA